CCGAGGGAUUUACAGCCGGGGGGUGAGGGGGACACACGGAACUAACACACACACUGGAGAGAUACCCCCUGCCAGUGUAAUACGAUGGCCAAAAUCUAUAAGAAGAGCAGUCGCAAUGGCUCGCUUGCUCUUUAUCUAGGAAAGAGGGACUUUGUGGACCAUGUGGACAGUGUUGAUAUUAUUGAUGGCGUGAUCAAAAUAGAUCCAUCAGAUCUCGCUGGAAGAAUAGUAUGGGUCUCUCUCACCUGUGCUUUCCGCUAUGGCCGCGAGGAUUUGGAUGUGAUUGGUUUAUCAUUCCGAAAAGACAUCUGGUUCGAGCACCUUCAGGUGUACCCUCCGACCAGUGAGCCCAAGCCAGCGAACACACACGUGCAAGAAGCCCUUCUGAAGAAGGCUGGAGAAGAUGGACACCCAUUCACUUUCACUCUUCCCACAAACCUACCUUGCUCGGUCACCCUUCAACCUGGACCAGGUGAUGCUGGCAAGGCAUGUGGUGUUGAUUUUGAAGUUAAGGGCUACAUUGCCUUGGAAGCAGACAAUCCAGAUGAGGAAAUUGACAAAAAGGAUACAGCCCGCUUGAUCAUCCGGAAGAUACAGUUUGCUCCCGACAAACUAGGUGAUGGUCCAAAAGCGAACAUCAGUAAACAGUUCAUAAUGUCUGAAAAACCAAUUCAGAUCGAGGCUUCAAUUGAGAAAGAGCUUUACUACCAUGGAGAUCCCAUUCCUGUUUCUGUAAAAAUCAAAAAUGAAAGCAAUAAAGUGGUGAAGAAAGUCAAAGUCUCAAUUGAACAAACAACAGAUGUGGUCCUGUAUUCUGCUGACAAAUACACAAAAGUUAUACUAUGCGAGGAAUUUGGAGACCAAGUUGAUCCCACAGGCACCCUUGAGAAGGAAUACAGACUUACCCCUCUGCUGGCACACAACACAGAGAAGCGCGGCUUGGCACUAGAUGGCAAACUGAAGGAUGAGGACACGAACCUGGCAUCCACCACCAUAAUCCGACCUGACAUGGAUAAGGAAAUCUUGGGAAUUCUGGUGUCCUACACAAUCAAAGUAACUGCUGUGGUGUCUGGAAGUGGAAUACUAGGAAGCCUUACAUCCAGUGACGUGACUGUGGAGAUUCCUUUGGUCCUGAUGUCCCCAAAGCCAGCAGAUCUGACAUCAUACUGGAAUAGCUCCAUACUGCAGAACAGACUGGAAGACUACCAAAGUGGAGGCACAGACUCUCGCAGAAACACAGAGAUCUACAUCCCUCGCAUUAAAUCUCGUCAUAAACCAAGUACCUGCAGCACAUCAUAAUGCCCUUUAUUGUGUCCUUCAACUGAAGGGCUUUUUCUAUCCUGGACUGAGACCCCCGAGACUGUCACAAUUUCCAAUCGUGUGUAAAAAUGAAAUGUUUACUUUCCUCAAUGAUUUUUGCCUUUCAAAAUGUUGAUGUUUAUUUUAAGUUAUUAACAUGUUUUUGUCUUGAGAUGUUCCCAUAAAUAUAUGCACUGUGCUACAUUGCCUGCCGUA